CUUUCCUUUUUUUACGCUUGCAACAUAAACAUUUACAUACAACUAUACAAAUUAUACAUAUUAUACAUCCCUAUAUUCAUUUGUACAACUUACCCUUCACGCUCCCACUCAAUCAUUAUUCUUAUUCUUCAUGAGUUCAGGAAGCAUGAGCGAAGACGACUUUGUCGGUUCUGAUUAUGAUGAUAACUUUGAUUCUCAAGAGGAUUCAGAUAUGGAAUAUGAGCAGACUGAAGAUAUUGGAUUUUCGGACAUGGUUGCAGAGAAGCAGCGCAAAAAGGCCUAUGAAGUCGACUUUACAGUCCUUCCUCUCUCCGACAUUCAGGCCGCACAGGUCAAUGCCUCAAAUCAUGUUUCUGGCAUUCUCGGCAUCACACAGGAACAGGCUGCUGCUUUACUUCGGAGCUUCAAGUGGAAUAAGGAACGUUUGGUUGAACAGUAUAUGGAUCACUCGCAAGAGAUCCUAGACCGAGCUGGGGUGGUUCUAGGCGACGUAAACACGAGACUAGUUCAACGACCCUCAGGAUUUGUCUGUACGAUCUGCUUUGAUGACAGUACUAAAGGUGGCGCUGUUGGAUUAAGAUGUGGGCACAUCUUUUGUCAAGCGUGUUAUGAGCAGUAUUUAACCCAAAAGAUCAUUGAAGAGGGCGAAUGCCGUAAAAUAUUCUGCCCCGAGGCUGGUUGCGACGUUGUGGUGGAUGAACAAACUAUUAAGGGUGUUGUACGACAAAAUGUCAUGAGCAGGUACUGCCAAUUACAAGAUAGAGUAUACGUAGAAGACCUUGACAACCUUCGAUGGUGCCCUGCUCCAAAUUGUGAGAAUGCUGUUGAAUGUCGAUUGCCACACUCAUCAUUCAAAACUAUUGUGCCAACAGUCCAGUGUAGUUGCGGAUACAAAUUCUGCUUUGGAUGUGGCCUAGGUGACCAUCAACCUGCACCUUGUGGUCUAGUCAGGAUGUGGCAAAAGAAAUGUGCGGAUGAUUCAGAGACAGCCAAUUGGAUCUCAGCUCAUACAAAGGAAUGCGGUCAAUGUCAGUCAACAAUUGAGAAGAACGGAGGCUGCAACCACAUGACUUGUCGCAAAUGUAAAUAUGAAUUCUGUUGGGUCUGCAUGGGGCCUUGGUCAGAACAUGGUACGAGCUGGUACAACUGCAAUCGAUACGAAGAAUCAAGUAGUACCGAUGCCCGUGACCAGCAAGCAAAAUCUCGUGCUUCUCUUGAACGAUACCUUCAUUACUACAAUCGCUUUGCAAAUCACGAGCACUCCGCCAAGCUGGAUCGCGACCUAUACAUGAAGACAGAAAAAAAGAUGGAGGAGAUGCAAAAAACGAGUGAUCUCUCCUGGAUUGAGGUACAGUUCUUGAAGAAAGCAGUGGAUGUAUUGACUUCAUGCCGUAUGACUCUUCGUUGGACAUAUGCAUUCGCCUUCUACUUGGCCAGGAACAAUAUGACGGAGCUGUUCGAGGAUAACCAACGUGAUCUCGAAGUGGCAGUGGAGGCUCUUAGUGAACUGCUCGAGAAGCCCAUUGUGCGGGAAAAUAUCCCCGAGCUUCGGCAACAGGUUCUGGACAAGACUGUGUAUGUUGGUAGUCGUCGUGAGGUCGUUUUAGAAGACACUGCCAAGGGCCUUGCUGAGGGUCGCUGGGAGUUUACUGCAGAGUUUGACAAGGUUUAGACCUUAAUAAAGUGACUGUGAAUAAGCGCC